UCUAAAGAUGGCGGAGUUGGAGGAGGAGGUGGACGUCUUGGUCCAGAGAGUUGUCAAAGACAUUACGAAUGCCUUCAAGAGAAAUCCAAACAUUGAUGAGAUUGGUGUGAUCCCGUGUCCAGAGGCCCGCUACAACCGCAGUCCCAUCGUGUUAGUUGAGAACAAGCUGGGUGUCGAGAGCUGGUGUGUCAAGUUCCUGCUGCCAUAUGUCCACAACAAGCUGCUGCUCUACCGUCAGCGCAAACACUGGCUGGACAGGGAAGCUUUAGUGGAUAUCACCUGCACUUUGCUGCUGCUUAACCCAGACUUCACCACUGCAUGGAAUGUCAGGAAGGAGCUGCUGCAGAGCGGAGUUCUUAACCCAGAGAAGGACCUUUAUCUGGGGAAGUUAGCCCUCACCAAAUUCCCCAAGAGCCCGGAGACGUGGAUACACCGACGCUGGGUGCUGCAGCAGCUCUUGCAUCAGUUCUCUGCUGUGGGCCAGAGCAGGAAGCAGCAGCAGCAGCAGCAGGGUGAGACAGAGCAGGCUGAUGGAGAGAGGAGCCAGCAGCUCAGUGACCAUCUGGCCAGGACACUUCACCAAGAGAUGAAGGUGUGCUCUGAUGCUGCCUGCCGCUAUCCCAGCAACUACAACGCCUGGUCCCACCGCAUCUGGGUGCUGCAGCACAUGGCCAAGGGCAAUGUCAAGGUUUUCCAUGAUGAGCUGUCCUCCAUGCGCCUAUGGGUGUCCAUGCAUGUGUCUGACCACAGUGGCUUCCACUACCGUCAGUUCCUGCUCAAGGAACUGAUCACUGAGCUCUCCCAGACUCCAGCUUCUACCACCACCACCACCUGUUCUCCCCAGCACCAGUCCAGCACAGUCCCCACCAUCAGUCCCCACCUUCACAGCCAGACCCAAGCUAACGGGGAGCUGUCAGGAGCAGAGGCAGCAGAUGAGGAGGAGAAGCAGCUAGGCUUCAUCACAGUCCUUCAGCUCUUCGACCAGGAGAUGGAGUUGUGUACAGACCUGAUCCAGUCCUUUCCUGGACACGAGACACUCUGGAGUCACAGGCGGCAUGUCUUUUACUUGUGGUACCACUGGAGGCGGGAACACCAGCACCACUGCAGGAGCAAUGGAAGCAAUGAGUCAGUGCACCCUGACGACAGUGACCCGGACCUUCCAGAGGUCAGCGCUCAAAGCUGUGCAGGCCGGGGUGAGAGCGUGAAUGAACAGACGGGUGCUAGUGAAUCCAUGGAAGUUGACAGGGCGGCCUUGCCAGACCCGCGUGACAGCAAGCGACUGAAAAGAGGUGUACUGCUGCCCGCACCUCUCGCCCUGCCCUCUGAGCACAGCUUUGUAAGUGGUAUCCUGGACAGGUGCCCUAACCCUGAGCAGAGACACUUCGCCCUGGCAUACAAGAAGUGGUUAGACACUGUCAUUGGUCACCAGCCUUGAGAGAGAAAGAGAACAGUUAACCCCAUCCUUUCUUAACAUUGAGGUUGCCUUUAGGCAAAGAUUUAGGAUCAGCUUACCCUCUGUAGUGCUGACAGUAACUCAUAGUACUUCAAAUACAGUGAUGACUUUAGCAAGCAGUCACAGGGUAGCCUAGGUACUGUCCUGUCCUCCUGAAAGUGAGUGGAGAGGAUGGGGAUGAGUUGUUCUUCCUCGGAAACAUGGAUUCUCUUGAGCUUCAUCUGAGCCAGUAUUCCUUCAGAAUGGAAAUCUGCACACAUGGAGUCUAUUGAGUCGCUUAUGUGCCUGUUGGUAGAUUCUGCUCUUAUUUCAGGUGUCUCGAUGCCUCAGGACAAAUUCCCGCUGCUUGUUUUAUUGCCAGCUUGGCAUUCAUCCACAUUACUUCAUUUCAGAAACUCAGUGAAGCUGCCACAGGAGGAGGAACAAUGUCUUACACUCAGUCCGACUCACUACAAAUCACGGCUGUUGGACGCGGUUGUAUGGAAUGUCAAAACAGCCAAUAUUAUAUAACUGAGAAAUUAUGAAAAUAAUAAAUACAAUAUGAUAAAUGUAACCCAAUAAAUUGUUCCAUAGUUUAAUAAAUAAUUAAAACUCAAUUGGUUAUAAUGAAGGUUUACUUCAUCAUAAUUGUAACAUGGUAACAGUUUUAUUGGAAUCAAUUCUCAUUUUAAAACUGCCCUAUUUUCAGAAGUCUGGAAGCUGGGGGUUGGGGGAUGAGGGCAAUGUAACAACUCUUUCACAAAACGUAAUUAGUUGAGUUUUAAUCAUUUACACUCAUAAUAAGUCCUAUAUUUAUUUCAUAAAGUUUAUUUUUAAUUAUGAUUAAUAUUUUUGUUGAUCCAGUACUGAUACUUUUGGAUUUCUGGAAGAGCAUGGAAUGAUUCUCAUUAAAUGUUUUCCUGUUGAAAUCAGAAGACAUUCACUCCUCUUCAGACGUGUGUGUUGAAGCUCAGCCCUCACUUGUUGCAGUGGUAGGUUUUAAGCACAGCCAGACUCCUUUCUUUGAGGUUCCUCAGAUUUCCAUUCUGAAGGCAGGAACAUUUAUUUAUCAUUGUUUUCCCUCUGUCUUUUCUUCUGUUGAUCCUUGAUUGCUGCUCCUGGGUCAUUUCUGCCCUCUAAUCUUACUGGUGAAUAGAGUCAGUAAGUCCUAACUAUGUAGCUAUGUGCUAAGUUACAGUAGCUUGCAACAGAAAGCCAAAAAGCUUAAAAAAAUAAAUAAAUAUAGGUGUUUUCAACAUGGAAAGUUAGUCACAGCUAACUUUUGAAAGUCUUAACGUUCUGCCUACCUGAAGCACUAAAGAAAUAAGCAGAGACGUGUUAGCUUGACCAGUUCAGUAGUACUGAUGUUUGAUUUUGAAGGACAGAGUGCUAGGGAAGGGAGUUCCCCCCAACAUUCACUGGUGCUACAUGCUACCGUUACUACAACUACUUCAUCUGUUACAGGUGUGUGGUGUGCAACAGGUGAAAACUAAAACAGCACUUUGGACUCUUUGAUGAUAAUAGUCAUUGUUUUGUGGGGUAUCAUGGCUAAACAACAAUAUUACAACUAUUUUUUGGAAAUCUUGUUAUUUUGCACCAGGCUUGUUAACAGUAGGCCAAGCUGCUUUAUGUCACUACUUUAUUAUAAAUAGAAGUAACAUCAGAAAGGUCAAAAUCUUCAUUGUGUCUUUGUGUUGGUUAAGGAAUAAUUUGUAGCACUCCUUUAAAAGUUGUAACAUGCUGUAUCUGCAUAGUUCAUCCCUUCAGUAAUGUUGAAGGUGAAGAUGAUAGCUCUUCCCUCUACAUACUGUCAUCAAUAUUGAGGUGGAUAAAUGCUAUUCAUAAGUCUGGAUUUAUCCAAUCUGAAGUCACCUGUGUUCCAAAUAGUUGCCUUGAAAAUAUAAUAUUGUCUUUAGUUAAGGCUUCAGUUUGAACAAGAUCCAUCUUUGUGUGUGUGUGUGUGUGUGUGUGUGUGUGUGUGUGUGUGUGUGUGUUUUUUUUUCUUAGGGUUGUUGUUACAAGUUGUUAAGCUCUGUCAUUGACAAUAUCUGCACUGAAGAACAUGAUAUUGUUGUUUCUUCAGUGUAACUGGUCGCAUUAGUAUUCUAUAUUAUAUCAUAUUAUAUUAUACAUACACUAUGUGGUCACAUGAAUCCCAGUGGCAUCCCUGCGGGCCCUUGAUGCAGUUUUGACCCAUCACAUCUGUGUAUAGAGUUGAUUCAAUGGCCUACAUUAGCUUGUUCUUAAAGAGAAAAUGGCAGGUUGGCCUCGGUGUGCACAGAUUUGUGACCCAAACUAGCCUAGCUUCCCAUUACAUGGUCACCAUGUGCUUCCAUGUUAAUCCUUACCAUGUUUCUUCUAUAAGAUACGUUAUCACCUCAAAUCACUGUGUAUGUGAUCAUAGAUAAUCUUGAAACUUGUACAUUUGAGCCAUGAAUUCUUUAGUUUUGUUAAUCAUGAAUGGGUGCAUAUCGUAACAGUGUGGAUGGGGUAUUUUAACAUCCCUGCAAACCUAGAACACAAACUCUGAAUACAAAUCUAUCUAUGCAGAAUUUUUCUUUUUUUUAACGGUUCAACAAGCUUUUAAAAAGGAUAAUGUAGCUUGUUUUUUUCCAAUUUAUUCUUCAGUUGACUUCAGUGGAGGAUGUGUCCUUAACGAAUAAUCCCAAGCAUCUCAUUAAUUCCCUAUUUAUUAAAAAGUGUUUUAUUUUCACUUUCAGUGUUUUGUCAUCUGCUUACCAAGAAAAUAAAGCUCAUCUGGAAUAAAGUUUUUUUUUU